GCUCUCCCCCAGGCUCCCCCCUCCCACCAAUAUAUCUAUGCUCCCACCACCGUCUUUGUUUGCUUGCUCCUUUCUCUCGAGGUGUUACCAUCAUAGACCGCGGUUACCACCCAACAACCUGCUUUGCGGGCUCCUGAUUGGUGGACUUCCUGUAACGGGGCGGCGCGACGUCAGGCUCUUGAGGGCUUCACUAGUUGCGUGCCAGCUCUCAGCUGGCAGUAGAGCAUUGUGUGUGCAGCCGAGGAGUGAGCAGGACCUGCCUCUGUUUGCUCUAUCUGCUGCUGCUGCUCUAGUCCUGACCUCGUAUGGGUCUCUCCCUUUCCCCCCCCUUUGUUUUCAUCCAACAGAACCACAGCACAGGCAGAGCAGAUCUCCACAGCAACGGCCUGUGAUACAUCCGCGGGGGAGCAGCUCCCAACAUCUCGCGACCUUAAGCAAGAUAACUGGACUCGUUUUCUGCGGACAUGCAGAAGACGAGCAAGUAUGUGCGUGACCAUACUACAUAGGGCCCCGAGCGCAUUGUGUGUGCGAGCCGGAGGAGGCUCAUGCCCGCGGUAGUGCGGUCAGGGCCAGCGGAGGAUGAGCCCGGCCGUGGAGGAUCAGGCCCAGGAGGAAAAGGAAAAGCAGCCGACCCAGCAGCAGCAGCAGCAGCUCUACAUGGAGAAAGGGGUGAUGCUCGAGCCCUUCAUACACCAGGUGGGGGGGCAUUCUUGCGUCCUGAGCUUCGGGAAGCAGACCAUCUGCAAGCCCCUCAUCCCCCGAGAGCAUCAGUUCUACAAGAGCCUGCCUGCAGAAAUCAGGGAGUUUACCCCCCAGUACAGAGGUGUGGUGUCGGUGAGCUUCGAGGAGGAUGUUGAAGGGAACCUUUGCCUGUUCGCCUACCCCCUCCUGAGCGACCCAGCAGGAGAACUGGAGAACAAGGACUGGUCGACCGACUGCAAGCACAAGAGCCAGCUGAUCAAGUGGGGCAAUAUGGUGAAGUCCUCACUGCUCAUGGACAGCGAAAAUUACACUAAAGAUGACCGCAGCCACCACGCACACAAAGACGAGGACAAGAGUGUUCAGAAGCUGCAGGAGGAUGUGGACCUGGCAUGGCUGCCGCAGGCCGAGGUUCUCCACUCCAGUCAGGAGCAGUCUCACAGAAACGCUGUCCCGCAGCCCAAACACAACCCCUGGAGUCUCAGGUGUCACCAGCAGCACCUAAAGAGGAUGAAGGAGAACGCCAAGCACCGCACCCAGCACAAAUUCAUCCUGCUAGAGAACCUGACAUGGAAGCACAGAAUGCCGUGCGUGUUGGACCUGAAGAUGGGCACGCGGCAGCAUGGAGACGAUGCCUCGGAUGAGAAGAAGGAGUUGCAGAUUCGCAAGUGCCAGCAGAGCACUUCAGCCUCAAUAGGAGUCCGUCUAUGUGGCAUGCAGGUGUACCAGUCCGACACAGGCCAGCUGAUUUUCAUGAACAAGUACCACGGCCGUAAGCUGCCCCUGCCUGGCUUCAAAGAGGCUCUGUUCCAGUUCUUCCACAGCGGACAGCGUCUGCAACACGAGCUCCUCUCCCCGGUGCUGCACAGGCUCAGGGAGAUGCAAGCGGUCCUGGAAGCCUGCGAAUCCUACCGCUUCUACUCCAGUUCUCUGCUCAUUAUCUACGAUGGCGCGCCCCACCGUAAACACACACGCCGGCGCUCUAAGGUUCAACACUCUGAUGGAGAAGAUGAUAAUGAGGAAAAUGAGGAGGGGGAGGCUGAACCCGAAUUGGAUGAGUUGGAGGAGGAGGAGGAGGAGAGCGAAGUAGCAGGUGCGCUUGGUUUCCCUUACGGCCCCUCGACGUCUAGUGACAUCAGCAGCAGGUGCUCAAGCAGCAGCAGUGGGAGCUCGGAUGUCAGCCUGGCCCACUCCGACCCCCUCAGCCCCGUCGUGGAUGUGAAGAUGAUAGACUUUGCCCACACCACCUGCAGACAUUUCCCGGAGGAUAGCGUGGUGCACAAGGGCCAGGACAGCGGCUACAUCUUCGGUCUCCAGAACCUGAUCACCAUCAUAUCUGAGCUGGAGAACGACAGCACAGAUCAGAGCCAGGCAUGACACACAAAUUCAGAAACAGAGGGACAAGUACACCAAAAUGUGGAAGAACCGGACCUUUACUUAAAGUCUCUGUCUGUCUGCUGCCAUCUCUGAUCCCAGAGCUGCAGGAUCCAGACGAUUAUUGUUAUUAUGUAAAUGUGAUGGUUACACAACUGUUCCUGGUCUCUGUCUCCCCUUCUCCUUCCCCUCUCUUCUCUCCUCUCUUCCCAAUUGGUUGUCUGCUCAUCCUAACUGGUCGAGCCAGAUGGCCGCCCACAUUGAGUCUGGUUCUGCUAGAGGUUUCUUUCAGUUAGAGAGUUUGAGUUUUUUCUCUCCACUGUUGCCAAAGUACUUGCUCAUUGAGCGAACUGUCGGUUUUCCCUAUAAUUUUUAAGGUCUCAACCUUAAUAUGUUAAGUGCCUUGAGAUAACGGGUAGUUUGAUCAUGUUAUGAUUUGGAGCGGAUAAAUAUUUUAAUUGAAUUGACUACAGAGGUGGAGAGAGAUUCCUCCUCUCCUUGUUGUAGCUGUCCUUCGAAGUGACCCCUUUCCCGUCGGCGCUUGUUGACGUUCCUGUCGUGCGUGUUGAUCUUUGGGAAAUGACACAUACCUGUGUGUAAGUUAGAGCAGGCGUCUAUAUGACUGAGACAAUGAUUUAACCAUUGUACUCGUUCUGUUUUAACCCUGUCACUGUUAGGAGAAUAGAGUUGGCAGUUUGAAGUCUGAGACAGAAGAAAUGUUUUUGUUAUGUCUUAUUCCAAAGGUUUCAGCGUUUUGCACACACAAACCUGCACAUAAACACAUGCUGCUGAAUGUGUGUUUGUUUGGAACAAGACAGGGCUAUCUGAGAGAGCAGGAGUUGUAUGUGUACUAGGACAGUCGAUGGGAAGAAAGGUAGUGAGCUCACACUCUUUCUUCUCGUUUGCCUGUUCAUUUUGCCAUCCUUCCUCCCUGUUCAUCUUCACUCAAAGAUAAUAUAUUCAUAUAGUGAUCAGAGACAGAGGAUAUAGUUAUUUAUCUAUUCACCAUGUUUCAUAAAAUAAACUAAAUUUAGAAAAAGAAUGUGGAUGGAGUGUACUACAUUCCAUAUUAUUAAUGUUAUAAUAAUGAUAUUGAUUGAUAUUGUUAUUUGACAUGUUUGAUACAUCUAUCUUGUAUAUGUCUGUUUUCCACAGGCUGUUGGAGGAGAACAUUAAAGCCUUUGCUUUGUGCUAA